GCGCUGGAGCCACUCGCGACCGCCCGCUUCAAUGAGCUUUGCGCUCAUGGGCAGGUUCCCACGUUCACUGCGAAUGCCCAGGGUCUCCCCCAACUGUCCAACUGGACAACCCCGGCGUAUUUCGGCGUGGUCUAUCGCGAUCUCCUGGCCGACCUUCCUAUGUACGGUCUUCGCAUUCAAACCUUCGCCGCCAAUAAGGCGCAGGCUAUGGCGCAAUCUAUGCGCGCCAAGAAGGAAGUUGUCGCCGCUGCUGACGUCGAGAUGGCUGAUGCCCGCGAGGGCGUUGCCGGGCCUGGACCUUCGACUAUCCAGUCGAUGGUUGACAAGGCCGUCGCCGCCCGCAUGAAGAAGCUUGAGAAGCCCGAUGGAAAGGGCAAAAGCAAGGGCAAGGGGAAAGACAACGGGAAGAAGAAGACCUCAAGCUCCAGCAACGACGCCCGACGACCUCCCGAGGUCAAACAUCCCCAGUCACGCAAGAAGAACAGCAAGUCCGGCCGCAAAGGCAAGGCAACUGGUUCGAAGAAUGCGAAGGGGAAAGGCAAAGGGAAGCGAGGCGGGAAGAAGUAG